AUGCCGCCUCUUGUGGUGAUCCGCAGCGGCUGCCAACACGUCGAGUACCUGGAGAAUCGCACCCCUUGGCGCCGUACGUCCCAAAGCGGUUGCUCCAAUGAAGAAGACGACAAAGCUACUGAAGACGAUGAAAUGGGGCGUCAAGUUGAAGAAACGUGGACCAGGAUCAGUGGUGACUUCUGUGGCGGCGUCAGCAAAGCGUUCGGGUUCUCGCGCGAGCGAUGCGACGUGGAAGAUAUGCACGCCUUCCGCUGUGCUGAGUGCGGCAAUACGGUGGCAGACCAUGAUGACGUUAUCGCUAAGACGUUCUUUGGACGCACUGGCAAGGCCUUCCUUAUGAACAACAUGUAUAACGUGCGCAUCGGCUCGAGUCGCAAGUGCUACCUGAGGACUGGAUUCCACUCCAUUGCUGACGUCCUGUGCGGUCAAUGUGAUUUCGUGUUGGGCUGGAAAUACAUUAAAGCCAUGGAGAGCUCGCAGAAGUACAAAGAAGGCAAGUAUAUCAUGGAGCAUGCUGUCGUUGAGGAUGAUGCGGAAGAGCUGAACUGGGACCGCCUGUAA